GGUCGCGGCUUCAGUUCUAGCCUACCCUGCUGCCGGGCGGGAGUAGGGCGAGAGGAGCCGCAGCCCCGCGCCGCCGCUGCGCCCGGGGGCCCUGACGCCGCCCGGCUGCCGGUCUCCCGCUUUUCCUCUGGAGUGAGGAGGGCGCAGCGGGAACCCGAGCCGAGAGGGCCAGGGAGGGUCGCGCGCAUGGCCUCGGCGGGCGCGCGGCGGCUCCCGGCCGGGACGCGCGCGGCGGCCCAGCGCGGCUGCGGCCUCCCACUCCGCCCUCCGCGACCGCCGCGACCGCCGCGACCAAUGAGAUUUCUGAUGUCCUGCAGCCUCCUCUUGCCUCGGGCUGCAAAGGUCUUGGCGGCUGAGGCUGGCUUACCCUCAAGCCGUUCCUUCAUGGGCUUUGCCGCCCCCUUCACCAACAAGCGAAAGGCUUACUCUGAGCGUAGGAUCAUGGGUCCCUUGGCCUCUGUGAUUCCUUCCCCUAGGUAUUCAAUGCAGGAGAUGUAUGAGGUGGUGUCCAAUGUCCAGGAGUAUCGAGAAUUUGUGCCCUGGUGUAAGAAGUCUUUGGUGGUAUCCAGCCGCAAAGGUCACCUGAAGGCCCAGUUGGAGGUUGGCUUUCCACCUGUCGUGGAACGUUAUACCUCUGCUGUUUCCAUGGUCAAACCUCACAUGGUCAAGGCUGUUUGCACUGAUGGCAAGCUCUUCAACCACUUAGAGACCAUUUGGCGAUUCAGCCCUGGUAUUCCUGCCUACCCCCGAACUUGCACUGUGGACUUUUCGAGCUGGAGAGGUUACUGGUUGAUGACGCCUGUUUGCCAAGCUCCCUGACUCAUUCCAGCUUUCAUAGCAAUGGCCAGAAGAGGGAGCUCCUGGAAAGCGGAAGAACCACCUAAUGUGAACAGCUGGUACCUUUUCCCAGUUGGAAGCACUAUUUUGUUAUUAGCAUGGUUAUGGUGAUUUUCCUAGAUCUCUUGACCUUCUUUACUACACCCCUUUCUUGCCUUGUAUCAUCCCUUAUGCUGUUUUUUCAUCUCCUUACUGCCUACUGCCUAUUCCCAGAAUAUGAGAAUGUUAAGGAGCUUUUCUUAAAGUUUCCCACCAAUCCAGGCAACUGGUGGCUAUGGUUGCUGGGUCUAGCUCACCUGUGGAUGGUGAGGUACAAGCGCAUGAGCUCGGUGAACUGAGCCUCAGUAUAGCCUAACAUGUUGGUGAAAUUGUGGGACCAGUCCAGCUUAGAAUCAAUGGCCCCAAUACUGCUGCCUUCCCGGUAGAGAUUCCGGUAGAUCUUUGCUGCAACACAAGGCAGCUUUGCAAUCAGAUCCAUACAGUCUUCAUAAAUCAACUGAUGGGGAGAAGAGGCAAAUGGAGAAAAAAAAGAAAAGGAAUUAUCAACAAAGAAGAAUUAGGCAGGAAUACCAUUUAUCCUCCACGGAUUGAGCUAUUUGAGUUGAUGAUAAUAUGUUGGGUGGUUAUAUAUGGAGUAUAACAACAAGAACCAUUUAACUGAAUAGCUGUUAUGACCCAGGCACUGCGCUGAGUGAUUUACACAUACUAUCUCAUGCACAUUAAAGCUUAUUCCCAAUUUUUACCACUCUACAAAGUAUACACUGCCCUCUUUUUUGCAGAUGAGGGAAGUGAAGUUCAGAGCAUUCAGCUAAAUGCCAGAGUCAGAUUUUGAACCCUUAUAUAUUUAAUCAUGAUCUUUCCUACCACAUGACUUUGUACUCAACGAAUGUGCUAAGACACUAGGUUUCAAUAAUUCUAUAUUCCACCUUUUAAAGAAAAUUCACCAUAUGUGCCAAAGGUCAAACAGUGGCAUUCAAUUGUUAGUUAAUAACAAAAGCUUCCAUUUUUUAAGCACUUACUAUAUAACAGGUACUAUGCUAGAUAUGUUAUUUGCACUUUUUUCCUUUUCUUACAACAAUCCUGUAAGGUAACAUAUCCUUUAUUUUACAAAUGAAGAAACUGGGGCUUGGUCAGGUUCAGUAGCUUGUACAAGGUUAUCUACUCAGCUAAUAAGUAUCAUCUAGCUUAAACAAGUAGUAACUCAUGGCCACUCCUGUUUCAUCUAUAUCCUUACUUUCCCCUCUCAUCUCCCAAAUUAUUUUGAGUAAUCCCAGAUACCAUAUAUUUCAACAUGUAAAUAUUUUAAGCAUGUGCCUCUAAAAGAUAAAUGUCCUUCAUAAACAAAAUCACAAACCAUUAUCCCACUGAAAAAAAAUUUAACAAAUCCUCAAUAUCAUUAAAUAUCUACUCAGUAUACAAAGCCCCCCUCCACCUCAUUUGUUUGAUUCAGGACUGAAAAUAAGCCACAGUGCAAUUGUCUGAGAUGUCUCUAACGUCUUUUUUAUUCAAUUUAAGUUGCUUCUUAUGCUCUCCAUUUUUUACUUUGCAACUUAUUUGUGGAAAAUCAGAUCAUUUGUUCUGUAGAAUUUCCCACAGUUUAGAUUUUGCUGGUUAUCUACCUGUGAUAUCAUUUAAUAUGUUCCUCUGUCCACUGUAUUUCCUACAAGCUGAUCAUUAGAUCUAGAGGCUUGAACAGAUUCAAAUUCAAUUUUUUUAGCAAGAUUAUUUGAUAAAUAGCAAGCACUGUGUUCAUUUAUUAAGAGAAACAUAAUAUCUGGUUGUCUUUUUGUGAUGGUAAUACCUUGCUCAACUUUUACAUCUCAAUUUUAUCUUCACAAAGGGAUUUUAAGUUCCUAAAUUUAUGGAAGGGACAGGGUUUUAGUGGGGUUUUUAAAUAAUAACUUAAAUACUUGCUCACUGAUAUUACAUAGUGCUGUCCUAUCAAGCUAACUGGCCAAAUGUUCCUGCAAGAAGUCACGAGGUUUCAGUAGUUCUGCUGGAACAAAGAGCAAAAUCUAUACCCCUAAUGAAGUCAUUGAUUACUUAAGUACUCAGCGAAUUUUGUCAAUGCCACCAGGAUUCAAUGAAAAUACUGACAAAAUUAAAAAGCUACUUGAAGCAAGAAAUACUUAGCCAAGACUUGCAAAUUCUCAGACUAUUUACAUGAUAAUCAUACUAUUAACUAUACCUCCUUGCAGAUUCACAUACCCUAAGGAAGUAGGUUACUUGCAAAAGCCUACAUCAAGGAUAUGCAGUCCUAAGGGACCUGGAUUCAUUAGCAGAAUGCCAAGAACAGGAGCCCAGGCUAGGCAAACUGGUGUCUGUGGAGUAUAUACUAACUUUCAAAAUCAUUUGGAAAUUAUGAAUGGCCACAUCAUAAAGAAACUACAAAAAGGAGACUGUUUCAACUCCUACCACUGAGGAUGAAGUUCAUAAAGCAACAACUAUCAGACCAGGUAUGACAGUGUGGGAUCCUUACCUUCCUUUUUGUAGUGGUCAAUGCUAUAGUCAAGAAGAGAUUAAAAAAAUCAAAACCAAAAACUGACAGAGAACUCCUAUUUCUUUAAUAAGCUAAGACUCAGGUGCUAUUAGAUACUGGUACCAACUCAUUCUUCAUCUAUAAAGGCUUGGAAAAAAGACAUUAAGACAUGCCACCAUCACAGCUGUCUGUAAUAAAAGUAACAAAACUGACCGUAAUCAACACUGUGAGCCAGCAUCUCUAUUGCUAGUAAAAUUCUGGCCAAGUAUUUAAUUAUCCAUUAUUAUUAAGAAGACAGCCAGUAUUACUGGUGAAAAGACCUUAGAGUGAAGCAAACUCAAGUCUGAAUCUGGUCCCUACCACUUACUAACUGCAUGACCUUGGGCAAGCUACUUAAUUUUUUUAAUCCUCAGUUUUCCUGUUUGGUAAAAUGGGAAUAAAUAACAUCUAACUCAUAGGGUUGUUCUGAGGAUUAAAUCAGAUAAUGAAUACAAAGCAUGUAAUAUUAAGCACAUUUUCAAGAGUUAAGUGUUGAGAUGAUGAUUUUAUUAUAAACAGCUUCAAAACCUACAUGUACUGUGUAUAGGCCUUAUUAAAGGUGGCAUUACUAGCAAAA